AUGCAGACCCGGGACACGAUGGCGCCGCUCCCCUACUCGUACACGCCGCUGCCGGCCGCCGACGCCGCGUCCGCCGAGGUCACUGGCACCGGCGGCAGGAGCAGGCGUAGGUCCCUCUGCGCCGCGGCGCUCGUCCUCUCCGCCUCGCUGCUCCUCGCCGUGGCCGCGCUCGCCGGCGUCGGCCUCCGCGUCGCCGUCGUCCCCCGCCCAACGACCGCGGUGGGAGAGACGGCCGGCGUCAGCGUCGGGAUGCCGGCGACGACCUCGUCGACGAGGAGCCGCAGCAUCAGCAGGGGCCCCGACGCCGGCGUGUCGGAGAAGACGUCCGGCGCGUCGAGCGGCGUCGUCGACGAUGGCGGCAGGCUCCGUGCUGACGGCGGCGGGAACGCGUUCCCGUGGAGCAAUGCGAUGCUGCAGUGGCAGCGCACGGGAUUCCACUUCCAGCCGCAGAAGAACUGGAUGAACGACCCCAAUGGGCCGGUGUACUACAAGGGCUGGUACCACCUGUUCUACCAGUACAACCCAGACGGCGCCAUCUGGGGCAACAAGAUCGCGUGGGGCCACGCCGUCUCCCGCGACCUGAUCCACUGGCGGCACCUCCCGCUAGCCAUGGUGCCCGACCGGUGGUACGACACCAACGGCGUGUGGACGGGGUCGGCCACCACGCUCCCCGACGGCCGCCUCGCCAUGCUCUACACGGGCUCCACCAACGCCUCGGUGCAGGUGCAGUGCCUGGCCGUCCCCGCCGACGACGCCGACCCGCUGCUCACCAGCUGGACCAAGUACGAGGGCAACCCGGUGCUGUACCCGCCGCCGGGGAUCGGGCCCAAGGACUUCCGCGACCCCACCACGGCGUGGUUCGACCCGUCGGACGGCACCUGGCGCAUCGUCAUCGGCUCCAAGGACGACGCCGAGGGCGACCACGGCGGCAUCGCCGUGGUGUACCGCACCAAGGACUUCGUGCACUUCGAACUCCUCCCGGGCCGCCUCCACCGCGUCGCGGGCACCGGCAUGUGGGAGUGCAUCGACUUCUACCCCGUCGCCACCCGCGGCAAGGCGUCCGGCAACGGCGUCGACAUGUCCGACGCCUUCGGCAAGAACGGCGCCGUCGUCGGGGACGUGGUGCACGUCAUGAAGGCGAGCAUGGACGACGACCGCCAUGACUACUACGCUCUCAGGAGGUAUGACGCGGCCGCCAACGCGUGGACGCCGCUCGACGCCGAGAAGGACGUCGGCAUCGGGCUCCGCUACGACUGGGGCAAGUUCUACGCGUCCAAGACGUUCUACGACCCGGCCAAGCGCCGCCGCGUGCUCUGGGGUGGGUCGGCGAGACCGACUCGGGCGCGCGCUGACGUCUCCAAGGGAUGGGCAUCGCUGCAGGGUAUCCCCCGGACGGUGCUGCUGGACACCAAGACGGGCAGCAACCUGCUGCAGUGGCCCGUGGAGGAAGUGGAGACGCUGCGCACCAACUCCACCGACCUCAGCGGCAUCACCAUCGACUACGGCUCCGCGUUCCCACUCAACCUCCGGCGCGCCACGCAGCUCGACAUCGAGGCGGAGUUCGAGCUGGACCGCCGCGCCGUCAUGUCGCUGAACGAGGCCGACGUGGGGUACAACUGCAGCACGAGCGGUGGCGCCGCGGCGCGCGGCGCGCUGGGCCCCUUCGGCCUGCUCGUCCUCGCCGACAAGCACCUCCACGAGCAGACGGCCGUCUACUUCUACGUGGCCAAGGGCCUGGACGGCUCGCUCACCACGCACUUCUGCCAGGACGAGUCCCGCUCCUCCAGCGCCAACGACAUCGUCAAGCGCGUCGUCGGCAGCGCCGUCCCCGUGCUGGAGGACGAGACCACGCUCUCGCUCCGCGUGCUCGUCGACCACUCCAUCGUCGAGAGCUUCGCGCAGGGCGGAAGGUCCACCGCCACCUCGCGCGUCUACCCCACCGAGGCCAUCUACGCCAACGCCGGCGUGUUUCUGUUCAACAAUGCCACCGCCGCGCGCGUCACGGCCAAGAAGCUCGUCGUCCACGAGAUGGACUCAUCCUACAACCACAACUACAUGGUCACGGACAUCUGA